AUGGGGCAUCUUAAUAUAUCAGGUCAUACGCCACCCCCCGAAUCGCCUUUCCCGCCGCCCAAUUUGCGGUUCCCGCCGCCCGAUUCUCCUUUCCCACCACGCCGUUCCCCUUUCCCACCGCCCGAUUCCCCUUCCUGCCGCCCGAAUCCCCUUUCCGCGCCCGAUUUCCCCUUUUUUGCAGCCCGAUUUCCCUUCCUGCCACCCAAUAACCCUUUCCCGCUGCUCAGUUCCCCCUUCCCGCGCCCGAUUCCCUUUUCCCGCCGCCCGUUUCCCCAUUCCCGCCGCCCAAUCUCCUCUUCCCGCCUACCAUUCUCCCUUUUCUGCCUCCCAUUCUUCCCUUCCCGCCUCCCGUUCUCCCCUUCCCGCCUCCCAUUCUCCCCUUUCCGCCUCCCUUUCUCCCCUUCCCGCGUCCCAUUCUCCCCUUUCCGCCUCCCUUUCUCCCCUUCCCGCCUCCCAUUCUCCCCUUCCCGCCUCCCAUUCUCCCCUUUCCGCCUUCCAUCCUCCCCUUCCCGCCUCCCAUUCUCCUCUUCCCGCCUCCCAUUCUCCCCUUUCCGCCUCCCAUCCUCCCCUUCCCGCCUCCCAUUCUCCUCUUCCCGCCUCCCAUUCUCCCCUUUCCGCCUACCUUCUUCCCCUUCCCGCCUCCCAUUAUCCCCUUCUUUCCUCCCAUUCUCCCCUUUCCGCCUCCCAUCCUCCCCUUCCCGCCUCCCAUUCUCCUCUUCCCGCCUCCCAUUCUCCCCUUUCCGCUUCCCAUGCUCCCCUUCCCGCCUCCCUUUCUCCUCUUCCCGCCUCCCAUUCUCCCCAUUCCGCCUCCCAUCCUCCGCUUCCUGCCUCCCAUUCUUCUCUUCCCGCCUCCCAUUCUCCCCUUCCCGCCUCCCAUUCUCCCCUUUCCGCCUCCAAUCCUCCCUUCCCACCUCCCAUUCUCCUCUUCUCGCCUCCCAUUCUCCCCUUUCCGCCUCCCAUCCUCCCCUUCCCGCCUCCCAUUCUCCUCUUCCCGCCUCCCAUUCUCCCCUUUCCGCCUCCCAUCCUCCCCUUCCCGCCUCCCAUUCUCCUCUUCCCGCCUCCCAUUCUCCCCUUCCCGCCGCCCAAGAAGCCUCGUCCCGCCGUCCCCCCCUACCUUCUCUCCGUUACCUCCCUUUCAUCCCUUUCAUCUCUUCCCUCCCUCGUCUCUCCCUCCCGACAUCUCUCCCUUCUCUCCUUUCACUCCCUCUCUCUGUUCCCUCCUUUUCUCACCCUUCCGUCCCUUGUCUCCCUUCUCGCCCUUCUCUCCCUUCCCUCCCUUCUUUCCCUUCUCUCCCGUACCCCCCUUCCCUCCCUUCUCUCCCUUCCCUCCCUUCUCUCUCGUACCCCCCUUCCCUCACUUCUCUCCCAUCCCUCCCUUCUCUCCCUGCCGUCCCUUACCUCCCUUACCUCUCUACUCUCCCUUCUCUCGUAUCCCUCCCUUCUCUCCCUGCUGUCCCUUCUCUCCCUGCCCGCCCUGCCUUCCCUUCUCUUCCUUCCCUCUCUCCUCUCCCUUUUCACCCAUCUCUCCCUUCCCUCCCUUCCCUCACCACCAACCAUCCCUCGCCCUUCUCUCCAUCCCCUCCCUUCUCUCCCGACCUCCCUUUUCUCCCUUCCUGCCCUCCUCUCCCUACCCUCCCUUCUCUCCCUUCCCCCCCUACUCUCCCUGAGCCCCCUUCUCUCCCUUUCCGCCCUUCUCUCCCUCCCCUUCAUGCCUCCCACCACCUCUUUUUCCUGCCUUCCCAUCCCUCCUUCAUGCUUCCCACCACCUCUUUCUCCUGCCAGCACCAUUUUUUCCAUGCACGUUAUUCCAGCGAUAAUUUCUAUUCCUUUAAAUUGCGCCUUACACCCUCCUCCCCUCCUCUUACCUUCCAUGCAACUUAUGUACCUUGUCCUUCCCUAUGCGUGCAGUUAUGA